AUGCCGAACAAAUCCGGGAAGAAUAAUACCCCCGCGAGCAAUGCAAGAAAUUGCUACAAAUGUAGUCGAGCCGAUAGUGAAGAUGAUAUGGUGUGUUGCGAUUUGUGCGAGCGAUGGGAACACUUCCAGUGCGCGGGUGUAAGCGAGUCGAUUGCAGAACCAGAUAGGAGUUUCAAGUGUAAUGAUUGCAUGGAGAAUUGUGAUGGUGCAUCGAAGUCUGAUGCAUCAUUCAACGAAUCGUCCGUUAGCAAGAGCAGCCAAAAGUCUCAUAAACUGCAGCUCAGUCUACAACUUCUCGAGGAACAACGAAAUCUGAGGAAAAAGCGGAUUGAAGAGGAAGAAGAGUACCUGUGGCAAAGAUACCAGUUGUUGAUGCAGGCUGAAGAUGGAAAGGAUUCGUCGAGCAGGAAAAGCGAAGUUAGCGUGAAAAGUAAGCGUGAACAGAUGGAGAAAUGGCUCACCAAGAAUGCUCAAGUGGAGGGAAAAGGACAAUCGAAGCAUUCUGGAAGCCACGACUAUGUUGUGAACUUCCCGGACAGCUUUCCAAUGGCGCUCAGCAGAAUGAAAGGUUUAGAGAAACGGCUGGCUAAAGAUCCUGAACUGCGUAGAAGAGUGAACGAGCAAAUGGAGAACUUCGAACAGAAGCAGUAUAUCUGUAAAGUAUCCCCGGAAGAUUUGAAAAAGAUUAAUCCACAGCGGGUGUGGUAUCUCCCGUUAGGAGUGGUUAUAAAUCCCAAGAAACUCAACAAAAUACGAAUGGUGUGGGAUGCUGCAGCGAAGGCAGGUGGUGUCUCAUUCAACGAUAUGCUACUCAAGGGCCCGGAUCUACUCGUGUCUCUCGUAGAAGUUUUGCUACGUUUCAGGGAAGGCAAGAUUGCGGUAUGUUCCGACAUCCGCGGAAUGUUCCUGAGGAUUCUUAUUCGGGACGCAGACAAAUGGUCGCAGUGUUUCCUAUGGCGUACCAGCUCGGAGGAUGACAUCCAAGUCUACGUCAUAAAUGUCGCGAUGUUCGGGGCAACCAGUUCGCCAUGCACGGCACAAUUUGUAAAGAACAAAAAUGCUUAUGAUUACGUGAAAUUGUUUCCCAGAGCAGUAGAGGCAAUAGUUAAGAAUCAUUAUGUUGAUGAUUUUCUCGAUAGCGUCAACUUGGUCGAGGAAGCUGUUCAGCUUGUCCAGCAAGUACGGUUAAUUCACGCAGCAGCAGGAUUCGAAUUCGGGAAAAUUCUUUCCAACUCGCAAGAGGUGCUCGACCUUCUAGGUGAAACUGAGUCAUUGAGCAGCAAGUCCAUGAACCUAGAGAAAGAUUCUAUGUACGAGCGUGUUUUAGGUGUGAUGUGGGUCCCUACAGCAGAUCACUUCACUUUCGAUCAGACAGGGUUGGAAAGCGUCUCAAACAAUGGUGGAGUGGUCCCAACAAAGCGACAAGUCCUACGAACCGUGAUGAAGUUGUACGAUCCACUGGGAUUUGUGGCGCAUUUCGUGGUGCAAGGCAAAAUAUUGAUGCAGGAGAUAUGGCGCACAGGAACUAAUUGGGAUGAACCCAUAGCGGAGCAGUUACAUGAUCUAUGGGCCAGAUGGAUGGAACUCUAUACGAAAACGAACGAAGUGAAAGUCCCUCGAUGCUUUCUCGGAAACUACCUUCCGCAGGAGAUUAACGAAAUCGAAAUCCACGUGUUCACAGAUGCAAGCGUUGCCGCCUGCGCGUGUGUAGUCUAUUUGAGGAUAUCGUACUAUGGAGGAACCUGGUGUUCGUUAGUCGCAGCAAAAACGAAAGUGUCCCCACUUCGAACGCUGUCAAUCCCUCGUCUGGAGCUUCAGGCUGCCAUGGUGGGAGCACGUCUGCUGCAAAACGAUUGUUCAGCACUAACACUCAAACUUAAGAGACGCUUCCUAUGGACCGAUUCAGCAACAGUCUUGGCGUGGCUUCGAUCGGAUAGCCGUCGAUAUCACCAGUUCGUUUCAUUCCGUGUGGGUGAAAUUCUUUCAUUAAUCAACGUUGACGAAUGGCAUUACGUUCCCUCUAAGCUCAACGUGGCUGACGAUGCCACCAAGAGGAAUUCAGGACCAUCGUUUGACCCAGAAAGUCGUUGGUUCAAAGGCCCACCGUUUCUAUGGGGCCCGAAGAAGCAGUGGCCGAAGCAAUCAACAGCAAUUAUUGAAUCGGAAGUGAAUGCGGCGUGUGAAGAACUUCGCAUGGUGGCCGUACACCGAACGGCUGAAGAAGUAAUCAAUGUUGAACGAUUCUCGAAUUGGAAUCGGUUGAUUCGAACAAUGGCCUAUGUUCACCGGGCAGUGAAAACCUUCAAGGGAAUUCUGCGUGAGGAAAAUUUGCAGCAUGGAUUAAGCCAGGAAGAUUUCGCGAAAGCCGAGCAGGCACUAUGGCGCCAGGCUCAAUCACAGGUUUAUACAAAGGAAAUUCACGAUCUGAGUAACGGCAGCAGCGUUGACAGAAGCAGUUCAUUGUAUUCACUGGUUCCGUUCAUGGAUGAAUUCGGAGUUAUUCGAGUUGGAAGCCGGAUCGGAAACGCACCAAACAUUCCAUAUGCAACGAAAUAUCCGGUUGUGAUGCCUAGGGAUCAUCAUAUUACCCUUCUUUUGGUACAUUCCUUUCACCAACGGUUUCUACACGCUAAUGGCGAAACAGUCUGCAACGAACUGCAGCAGCAAUUCUACAUACCCAAGCUUCGAGUGCUAGUACGGAAAGUUGGCCGAAACUGUCAGCAUUGCAAAAUAAAGAAGGCAGUCCCCAAGGCACCGCAAAUGGGACCACUGCCCAGAGUGCGCCUAACACCCUUCAUCCGACCGUUCACGUACGUCGGCGUAGAUUACAUGGGGCCGUUCGAAGUUAAAGUCGGGCGCAGUGUAGUGAAGAGGUGGAUCUGUCUGUUCACCUGUCUUACGGUACGGGCUGUCCAUCUCGAGCUAGCCCACAGUCUGUCGUCGACUGCCUGCGUGAUGGCAUUCAGGAGAUUUGUGGCCAGAAGAGGUGCACCAUUGGAAGUAUUUUCGGACAAUGGUACGAAUUUCGUGGGAGCCAAUCGCCAGUUGUCUGAAGAGAAACAGAAAAUCCAGGAAAUCAUCGAGGACUGCGCCGCCACUUUUACAAAUGCGAAUACCCAGUGGCACUUCAACGUUCCGGCAGCUCCGCACAUGGGAGGACCAUGGGAGCGUAUGGUGAAGUCCGUGAAGACAGCAAUGAAGGCGAUAUCGGAUAGUCCACGACGUCCUAGUGAUGAGGUAUUGGAAACUAUCAUGUUGGAGGCUGAGGCUAUUAUCAACUCGCGACCUUUAACGUACGUUCCUUUGGAGGCACCCGAGGCAGAGGCACUCACGCCGAACCACUUCCUCCUGUACGGGUCGACCGGAAUCAAACAACCAAGUACUGAUCAGGUGAACGGAAACAUGUUACAAGAUAGCUGGAAACUUGCGCAACACAUCAGGGACGAGUUUUGGCGUAGAUGGGUACGCGAAUAUCUUCCGACUCUAACAAGACGCACGAAGUGGUUCGAAGCAACUAAGCCGCUGGAACCUGGAGAUCUGGUGAUAAUCAUCGAUGAGCAGGCGAGGAGUCGUUGGGAACGAGGACGAAUAUUGAAGACCUUUCCGGAUACAUCUGGGCAAGUGAGGCGUGCUAUUGUGCAAACUGCCAGGGGAGUGUUCGCAAGGCCGGCGGUGAAACUUGCAGUUUUGGACGUACGAGGAAAUGAAGGGAGUCCGGAAAACGUCGCUCCGGAUACAGAAGUGGUUCACGGGUCGGGGAAUGUUGCCGAGACCCCUCGUCGCGGCGAAAAGAUGAUGAACCAACCUGAACCAUCGCGAGCGAGUCGGGCGAAACGGGUCUAG